UUCUGCUUGUGUCUGUCUCUGUAUAAUACUGUUUCAGUUUUCAGAUCCUAGUUCUGGGUUGAGGUCAGUGAAGACAAAAUGCACAUAAUAACUCAAAGUUGUGUAUUGUUUUUGUGGAUGCAUUUACUGACUUUUGUGGAAAGUGAAGAUUGCACGCUUCAGCAGUUUUUAAAUGGUGAACUCUACGAUUCCAAUUUUGACACAUCGGGUCUGCAGGCCAGUUACCCCAGUGGGAAGCAACUGAGAAUCAACUGCAAUAUUGGCCACACUGGCUUUUUCAAACUCAUCUGUGCUGACGGAAAAUGGGCAAGUCGUGGUUCUAGAUGUCAACCAAGAUCAUGUGGCCAUCCUGGUGAUGCCCAGUUUGCAGAUUUUCAACUGGACAAAGGAGAUGAUUUUGUCUUCGGGUCGGAGGUGGUGUACACCUGCCACAAAGGUUAUCAAAUGAUCAGUCGGAAUAAUGUGCUUCGUUGCAUGGCCGAGGGCUGGGAUGGUGUUGUCCCUGUCUGUGAAGCUCUACAGUGUCCAGUGAUUCGUGUGCCAAAUAAUGUUCAAGUCACUGGGGAUCCGGAACAAGCAAAUUAUGGCAAUGUAGUUCGCUUCAACUGCAAGAACGGCAAUGAAGUCUUAAAUGGCACAGCAGAGAUUUACUGUGAUGAAAAUGGAGAGUGGAACAGCCAACCUCCGACAUGUGACGAAAUAAAAUGUUUCGCACCUGAGAUCCGUCACGGCAAGGUACUUGGAAAUGUCAUCGAAUACAAGGAAAAUGAUAUCUUGAAUUUUGAAUGCGAUACCGGUUACCAAAAAUCUGAUGUCAGAGCCUCAACAUGCCUUAAACAAGGAAGGAGAGCAGAAUGGAGCCCUAUGCCCAUGUGUGAACGGGUAAAAUGUAAACUACCGCCACCGUUUGGAGGAUCCACCUACAAGCCAUCCUCUAAGGACACCUUUUUACCUGGUGAAUCUGUAACAAUCACAUGUGGAGAAAGGUACUGGGUCGGUCAAAGGCAGGAAACAGCAGUAUCUAAAUGCCUGAACACUGGGAAAUGGGACAUAGAACCACUGUGCAAAGAGGUGACCUGCAGUCCAUAUGACCCACAUGCAACUUUCUGGAGAAGGUAUUGGAAUUAUAAAAUAACACUGAAUGAAACUCUGGGAUAUACGUGUCAUUCAGACUACAAAAAACCACGUGGAGUCUCCCAGGCCAUGUGUACCAGACAGGGGUGGUCACCAAAUCCACUCUGUGAAGUGAAAACAUGCAACAGACGUGAUGAACCAAAUGCAGACAUUGUCUCAGGAAUCAAACCCGAAUACGCCAUCAAUGAAGAGGUUGAAUACAUCUGCAAAGGAGGUUACGAAGGACGUUUUAAGCUGCGAUGUGGGGAUAAUCGUUGGCACGGGAGCCGGUAUUGUACAGAGAAAGGAUGUCCAAGUCUUCAAAUCCCAGAUGCAUACAUUAGUUAUAAUCGGAGGUCCUCAUACUGGCCAGGUGAAAGGGUCGAGUAUACAUGUUCACGUAACCAAAAAAUUUUAACUCUCGAAUGUCAUUAUGGGAAAUGGAACGGUCCUCAAAGCUGUUCAGACUCGGCACAAUGUGGAAGCCCUUCGAUUCCAUAUGGAUUUGCAGUUGGCCCAUACAAUAGGACACAGUAUUACUACACCUGUAAUCAUGGAUAUAAGCUCAUCACCAAAGGCUGGUGGGGUGAAGCUCGGUGUGAAAAUGGCCGGUGGACUAGAAUUGAAGACUGCGUCGAUGCCAAUAACUGUGGGCCGAUUCCUAAGAUCCCAAAUGGAAAUAUGAUCUCAGAGCAAAAACUUUAUCAGCCCGACAGCCGUGUCCAGAUUACAUGUGUGAGCGGUUACACAGCUCAAGCUAGGUACAUAUAUUGUAAGAAGGGAAAGUGGUAUGCACGAGGAUUAAAACACCGCGAGAUCUGUACAAGUGAUGCCAAAUAUUGCAGUACCCCACCUAAAGUUGCAAAUGCAGUUGUUUUAACUUCAUAUCAGAAGGAAUACCCGUCUAACUUUGUAGUAAUUUAUCAGUGCCGUAGUAAUUUCGCAAUGGUAGGGGAAAACCAGAUUAAAUGCAUAGAUGGGGAAUGGAGCGCCAUGGACAUUAAAUGUACUGACAGCUGUGAUAGGCCCGAGGAUAAGAUGCAGACAAUGACUUUCACUGAGGACAAACAGACAUAUAUGAAUGGGGAGAGGAUCGAGUACCAGUGUGUCCCACCAAGUUUAAAACCUGGGGGUCAUGCAGUGUGCGUCAAUGGCAAAUGGAGUGAAACAAUAGAAUGCAAAGUUUCAGACACAGUUACACCAGCACGAGAAACAGAAGCAGUGGAAAGACUCAGUUCCUCGUCAAAUCCAAACAAUAUCACUGUGUUCCAUAGACAAUCAUCUUCUUUUUCUGGAGCUCGACAGUGUCCGGUGAUUCGUGUGCCAAAUAAUGUUCAAGUCACUGGGGAUCCGGAACAAGCAAAUUUUGGCAAUGUAGUUCGCUUCAGGUGCAAGAACAGCAGCAAAGUCUUAAAUGGCACAGCAGAGAUUUACUGUGAAAUAAAAUGUUUCACACCUGAGAUCCAUCACAGCAAGGUACUUGGAAAUGUCAUCGAAUACAAGGAAAAUGAUAUCUUGAAUUUUGAAUGCGAUACCGGUUACCAAAAAUCUGAUGUCAGAGCCUCAACAUGCCUUAAACAAGGAAGGAGAGCAAAGUGGAGCCCUAUGCCCAUGUGUGAACGGGUAAAAUGUAAACUACCGCCACCGUUUGGAGGACCCACCUACAAGCCAUCCUCUAAGGACACCUUUUUACCUGGUGAAUCUGUAACAAUCACAUGUGGAGAAAGGUACUGGGUCGGUCAAAGGCAGGAAACAGCAGUAUCUACAUGCCUGAACACUGGGAAAUGGGACAUAGAACCACUGUGCAAAGAGGUGACCUGCAGUCCAUAUGACCCACAUGUGGCUUCCUGGAGUUGGUAUCGGCAUUAUAAAAUAACACUGAAUGAAACUCUGGGAUAUAUGUGUUGAUCAGGGUACAGACAGCCACGUGGAGUCUUCCAGGCCAUGUGUACCAGACAGGGGUGGUCACCAAAUCCACUCUGUGAAGUGAUAACAUGCAACAGACGCGAUGAACCAAAUGCAGACAUCAUCUCAGGAAUCAAACCAAUAUACGUCUUCGAUGAAGAUGUUGAAUACGCCUGCAAAGGAGGUUUUGAAGGCCGUUAUACGCUACGAUGUGGGGAUAGAUAUUGGUACGGGAAGCAGUAUUGUACAGAGAAGGGAUGUGAAAGUCCUCACAUCCCAGAUGCAUACAUUAGUUAUGGUCAGAGGUCCUCUUACCGGCCAGGUGACCAAGUCCAGUAUACAUGUUCACGUAACCAAAAAAUUUUAACUCUCGAAUGUCGUUAUGGGAAAUGGGACAGUCCUCAGAGCUGUUCAGACUCGGCACAAUAUGGAAGCCCUUCAAUUCCACAUGGAUUUGCAGUUGGCCCAUACAAUAAGACGCAGUAUUACUACACCUGUAAUUAUGGAUACAAGCUCAUCUCCAAAGGCUGGUGGGGUGAAGCUCGGUGUGAAAAUGGCCAGUGGACUGGAAUUGAAGACUGCAUCGAUGUCAAUACCUGUGGGCCGAUUCCUAAGAUCCCAAAUGGAAAUAUGAUCUCAGAGCAAAAACUUUAUCAGCCCGACAGCCGCGUCCAGAUUACAUGUGUGAGCGGUUACACAGCUCAAGCUAGGUACAUAAAUUGUAACAGGGGAAAAUGGUAUGCACGAGGAUUAAAACACUACGAGAUCUGUACAAGUGAUGCCAAAUAUUGCAGUACCCCACCUAAAGUUGCAAAUGCAGUUGUUUUAACUUCAUAUCAGAAGGAAUACCCGUCUAACUUUGUAGUAAUUUAUCAGUGCCGUAGUAAUUUCACAAUGGUAGGGAAAAAACAGAUUAAAUGCAUAGAUGGGGAAUGGAGCGCCAUGGACAUUAAAUGUACUGACAGCUGUGAUAGGCCCGAGGAUAAGAUGCAGACAAUGACUUUCACUGAGGACAAACAGACAUAUAUGAAUGGGGAGAGGAUCGAGUACCAGUGUGUCCCACCAAGUUUAAAACCUGGGGGUCAUGCAGUGUGCGUCAAUGGCAAAUGGAGUGAAACAAUAGAAUGCAAAGUGAAACCCUGCGUACUUCCUGAUGAUACGCCCAAUGGUUAUUAUGAAAUAACCGUUGGCGCUGACUUUGUUUUUGGAGCAACUAUCAAAUACUUUUGUAAUGAAGGGUAUCAAAUGAUAAGUAAGGAAAGUACUCGAACUUGUGGCCUGGAAGGAUGGUCGAAUCAUUUGCCAAUAUGUGAACCUUUGAGUUGUGACCCCCCACCAACAGAUGUAAACGUUACAGUACACGGUUUACCAGAAAAUGAAGGUGCCAUUCUUCCUGAUCGCUUCCUCACAUUUAGCUGCAAUCAUCCUGGGAUGCGUCUGAACGGAAGCUCAAGGCUAAUAUGUGGAACGGAUGGAAAGUGGGAUCAUGACUUCCCCUCUUGUGAAGAUGUCACUUGUGAACUUCCUCGGAUACCCCGACAUCUUGUCAUAAAGGAACUACCACCAGCAAAUGAAACAAUGAAGGUGGGACACAGGCUGGAGUUUUGGUGCGAUACUGAGAAUCCAUCACAGGGGACGAGGGAGAUUACAUGUCUACAAAGUGGACAGUGGAGUGGCAAUUUUCCCACUUGUUCUGGUACUUUGGACUGUGGAACCCCACCACACCUUACAGACGGCGACAUAAAGGGUACUGUCCGUUCCACCUACAAACAUGGUGAAAGAGUAGAAUAUAUGUGUCAGAAUGUUUACAAGAUGGAGGGAGGGCCUUACAAAACCUGCCGUGACAGUGAAUGGAUUGGAGACAUAAGAUGCAUCCAACCCUGCACUGUGAAUAGAGCGCUCAUGGAGAGUCAUAAUAUUAAGUUUAAAUACAGACGUGAUAAUAAACUAUAUGCACCACAUGGUGACAGAAUCACAUUUUCAUGCGUCGCAGGAACAAGACAUGAUGGUCUUCUGGACAUGGUUCAGUUUUGUAAUGAGGGUGUGAUGAAUUUGCCCACUUGCCUUUCAUCAUUUCAAGUAGAAAUAAUAAACAGAAAAUGACAGAAAUGUAAAUAAUUGGCAAGAGCAUAG